UAAUACAAAAUUGCGAACACUGAGUUAAUUAAUUUUAAAUAUAUUAUAGCUACAAUAGGUGGAUGGAAAAAAUGGAAAAGAAAUCAAAUAGCAUUAAGCAUCGAAUGGUACGACAGAGAACUAGAGCAAUCUGGACCUUAUUAUACCGAGAAAUACGACCACUUCUAGAAGAAAUUCAAGAAAAGUUAAAUAACGCCGAAAAUGCGAAUGACAUUACGAAUAAUAAAAUUUGGAAUGUUUACCAUCUUUGUAGUGAUCAAAUAAGGAAAUGUGUACUUAUCAUAAUCGAAAUUUUAAAGUUUAAUGAAGAAUUUAAGGCUUAUGAAGAUGUUCAGGAAAGUUUGCAAUGUGUCUAUGAGAGGUUGUCAUGUUGUCAUGAAAAAUUAAUAUCAAUAGAUGAGUAUAUUGACAAAAUAUUGAGUCUAUCGGAUGUUUGCACUGGAGGUGAUGACUCUAUUGUAUUAAAUAAAAUGUAUUUUGUGAAUUGGAUUGACCAAACCUUUGAAGUUCUUAAUAAUCUGUCAAAUGUUGUAUAUAGAAAUGCUUGUAAAACAACAGAAGAGGAAUAUGAUGUAUGGCAAAAUGAGCUUGUUACAUGUGUGACUGGAAUCCACACAUGUAUAGAUGAACUAUUGCUCUGUGCAAUGACUCUCUGCAAAUACUGCCUACCAUCAGAUCAACUUAUUGUCAAAGCCCGAUGUCAAGUAGUACUGAGAGAAACAAAAGCUCUACUCGGUGAUUUGAUAAUUGGUGAUUUAGACGCCGUAUUUCAAGCUUCAAAAGAAACCAUAAAAAUGCCAAUAAAGCCAUCUAAUAUUAAUGUUUUAAUAGAUGUGCUGAAAGAUGUUCUUUAUGUCUUAGAGACCAAUACAAAUACAGCAUUGCUUGCACUCCUUGUGCAUUGUUUUGCAUGUAAUACCUCACCAGUGGAAAUAUUAAAGCAGCAUUUAAUGGGAGGGAAUGGUGAAAUUUGCAAAGAUAAAGACCAUGAAGAUUGUGAAUUUGUUAAAGAGUUUGAUUUAUAUAACGAAAGAUUGAUGCAAAUUGGCUCCUUUGCUAUUUCUUGUUCUUCUGACGAUCAAAGAGUGCUCAAUCUUCGCAGUGGGUUAGCAAGCCUUGAGGCUUUGGACCCACACUUAGUUCCUGCUGUAAUUGUAGAACCGAAAAGUUUCAAUACAUCUCUGUUGGUAGACAUUUGGAAGAGAGAAGUGAAUGAAAUAAGAGAUAAUGUGUUUUUAAUUGUUGAUCCUUCUGCAUUUGUACAGAAAGCGAAACAAAUGAUUCAUCAAAAAUUAUUGGAAAUAAUGAAGGAGAGUGCUUAUGAUAAUAUAAAAACAUGUUCUGUGAUUAAUAUUGGAAGUAUAAUGAAAGAGUUCUUUGAUGUAUAUCAAACUUGUGAACCUGAUGCUUUGCCAGAUAAAGACAAAUUAUUACCUCUUCUUCGAGAUUUAAAUAAAGCUCAGCUAGAAUGUAAAGUAGUUAGCAAUAUUCUGAGUUCCGGUGAUGAUUUCCUAUAUCCAACAAAAAAGCUCGAAAAUAAAGAAGCUACCUAUGAUCAACUGUUGAAACGUUUGAAACUCUUAUAUACGAUUGUCAAUCGCAUCAAUACUCUCCUCAGUCCAAAAGAGAGCGACGAGCAGCUCUUCGAAGGGGAGCAGAGUAAAAUUAAAAGCGAUACGCAAACCGUCAACAAUUUCAAUACAUAUGUGAAUUCUCCGCGAAAAAUGAUGAACCUGACGAGGAGUCUAUUUGGCAGAACAACUAAUAUACGGUCGUCGACUGCAAAGUUUCCGCUUGCGAUUUUAACGAAGAAUUUAAAAGUGCGAAAAGAUCUGAGUUUCUCCAUCAAAUUGGACGAACUAUGCAACGAUGUAUCGGGGAUUAAGAUGCGUAAUACGUCGAUAUUAUACCAUUCACCAAUGAAUAAUAGAUCUUCUUUGCGUAAGGCAGUUCUGAGUAGACAUUGUAUGAAGACUCCAGAGAGUUUAGAUAAUGAUAGCAACAUUGAUAAUGUUUUCGAGGAAGAUUUUAUGGAUGAAGCGAUGAGUUUGCAAAUAACGGAUGUUUUAAAUGAAAUCAACAACCUAACAUACACGAGAGCGCGACAAUUGAACCUGACUUACGACAACGCGGAUUCGGACAAGGAUCAUUCUAGAAACAAUGUGGAUUGGGACAAGGAUCAUUCUAGAAACAAUGUUCUGAAUAUUUCUGUAAAUAAUGAAACUAUUACAAAACGUGUGUGGAAUAUAACCGUUAAUAGUGAUUUUUCGAGUGCAAGUCAGCCAUCUAAUGUAGAUACAUUGGAGAGAAUAAACGAUUAUAAUUUGGUUACUAGCAAGCUGAGUGAUCUUAGAUCGGUGCAAUUGGAAACUAGUUUGUAAGAAAAAUUUUUAUAACUGAAAAAAAUGUUUAAGCGAGGGGGAAUGGUCAAUAAAUUUAAAAAUCAUGUUUUAUUGUGGCUAUCCUACACAUCUCUUUCUAUUUGAUGUUGACAUCAAUUUUAUGUACUUGCGUAGUUAAGAUGUUGUAACAUAUUAUGUUUUCUAAUUAAAUUCAUAAUAGAAUAAUUGUAAAAUAAUACUAGAUAUUAUAGGGCUUCCUGAAAUUUGUUUUAAUUAAAACUAGAUUGACGUAGAAAACAAUUUCGUUCGUUUAUCUUUUUGAGUAUAAAAAUCGUCUUAUUCUAAAAUGUCGUAAACCACAAAUGACGUCAUCCAUACAGAGGAAUACGUUCUUUUCAUUGACCGAAAGCAUAUCUGCAUUUUACCCUAUGUACUAUAUACGUCAUCACGUCAUUUUUCAUUUUAAUUUAUUUUCUCUUAAAAUAUGCGAUUAAAAAUAAAAUAAAAUAUUUUCUGUGGUCACAAUAGCAUAAUUAAAAAAUGCUUUAUUUCUUUUAUGGUCUUAUAAAAGUUUAAUGUUGUCAAUUGUAAGGAAAGAAGCAUUUUCUUUUAGUAAGAAAUGAAAUAAUAGUAUUUAAGAAUAUGUGAAUGUCUGUUGCAGUCCGUCCGAUUAGUAUUUUUACUAUAAUUAUAUAUUUGUUACUGGUAUAAAAAUGGUAUGAGGGGAAUAAAUUUAAUAAAAAUA